GUCUGAUCUUUAUUGUUCUUUUAAGUCACAAAUUUGUAGUUAUAUUCUUGUUUCUGAUGAAAUUGAUCAACAAUUUUGUCUGUAUUACUAAGCACUCUAUAGCGGUCUAAUAUUCCUCUGUAAUAGAACAUCUAUAUGCUAUCUCACCUUUUUCCUUCCACUUCUUUGCCCUUUUUUCCUGUUGCAGCUCCAUCAUGGUGCACAGAGUAGCAGUGAUCGGGGCAGGCCCCUCUGGUCUGACCAGCAUAAAGGCUUGUCUGGAUGAGGGCAUGGAGCCAACCUGCUUUGAGAGCAGUGAUGACAUGGGUGGACUGUGGAAGUUCAAGGAAGUGUCGGAGCCCGAAAGAGCCAGUAUCUACCGUUCCCUCACCAUCAACAUCUCCAAGGAGAUGAUGUGCUACAGUGACUUCCCCAUCCCCGCUGAUUACCCCAACUACAUGCACCACUCCAAAAUCCUAAAUUACUUCAGGAUGUAUGCGGAACACUUCAAACUGCUGCAACACAUUCGCUUCCAGACCUCAGUGAAGAGUGUCAAACAGAGACCAGAUUUCUCUCGCACUGGUCAAUGGGAAGUGGUGACUGAGAGCAGAGAUGGACAGGUUGAGAGUCACGUCUUUGAUGCAGUGAUCUGCUGCUCCGGUCACUACACCUACCCUAACAUGCCACUCAAAGACUUUCCAGGAAUUGAGACGUUUGAGGGAAAAUACUUUCACAGCUGGGACUACAAGGGGCCUGAAGACAUGUACGGGAAGAGAGUGGUGGUCGUCGGCAUCGGUAACUCAGGAGGUGACAUUGCUGUGGAGGGCAGCAGAGUUGCAGAGGAGAUGUAUCUGAGCACUCGUCGUGGUGCCUGGGUCAUCCGUCAGGUGUCUGACAACGGCCUGCCAGUGGACAUGAAGUACAACACACGUUUUGUCCACAUCUUGUUCCAGCUGUUGCCAAUGAACAUCCUCAACUGGAUUGGCGAGAAAAAACUCAAUGCCAUGUACGACCACACCAUGUAUGCCCUCAAACCCAAACACAGGCUCUUCAGUCAGAUCCCAGUGAUCAACGACGACCUGCCUUUAAAGAUUCUGGCUGGGUCAGUGGUCAUCAAACCAAACGUUAAGGAGAUCCGUGGCUCCACUGUGGUGUUUGAUGAUGGCAGCAUUGUGGAAAAGGUGGAUACGAUUGUGUUCGCUACAGGUUACAACUAUGAUUUCCCUUACUUGCCAAGCAAUGCUAUGUACAAGUCUGGACACCGUAUGGGUCUGUACAAGCAUGUCUUUCCCCCCAACAUGGAGCAUCCCACUCUGGCUGUGGUGGGUUUCAUCCAUGCCCUUGGAGCCAUUAUGCCUCAGGCUGAAAUGCAGGCCCGCUGGGUCACACGUGUCUUCAAAGGACAUAAAAAGCUGCCCUCAAAUCAGGCCAUGAUAAAGGCUGUUGAUAAUGACACCAAGGACAUUGAGAAAAGCUACAUUGUGUCAAAGUUGACACCGCUGCAGGUGGACUUUGUUUCCUACAUGGACAACAUAGCUGGAGAGAUCGGAGUGAGGCCAAGUCUCCCCUGGCUCUUUUUCACAGACUACCCCCUGUAUAAGAAGGUACUGUGGGGACCUGUCACAGCCUACCAGUACCGCUUGAUGGGACCAGGGAGAUGGGAGGGCGCCCGCAGAGCAAUCUUCACCCAGUUUGAUCGCAUGUACCAGCCCCUAAAAACCAGAAAGAUGGAGGAACCAGAGGCCUCCAUCACUGGCCGCCUGUUCAAGUUCAGCCUGACCGUCAUGGCCGGAGGAGCUGCCGUCCACUACAUCCAUACUCGCAACCCGACUGCCAUCCCCACCCUCCUGUCCAACCUCCGCCCACAAACAGUCUGAACAUGCGGCAUCAGUCAAAUGAUGUGAAGAGAUUUCUCAAACACACAAACUAAAUACCAAAUUCACUCUUUCUAGAUCCUCUAGUUCAGUAUACUGCUGUUUGGCUUGUGAUUGUUGGAAUGAUUAUUAAUGCAAGAGAUAUCACUGUAUCUAUGUAGUUAGUCUAUUUAAAUGCAGAGCCUUGUCGGGUGAAAAAAAAAGUUCAAAUGCAAAUGCAACUAUUUUACAUGAACAAAAUAUGUCAUGAAGGAAAUGUAACACAUCCUGGUUUACAUAUUUUAUCAACAUGUCCACCAGAGGCCUGAGAGUUUGAGGGUAUAUAUAUAUAUAUAUAGAUUUACUGAAUUGUUAAAGGUCAAGAAUAACUAAGCUAACCAUUCUUAUAUAGGUCAUAUUUAACUUUCAGUAACAGUGAAUGUGAAUGUGUUUUUCCUGUGUGAAUACAACAAUAUAUGCUGUAUAUUAAACGUCUCA